AUGGCCCUACAUUGUUCAUUAAAAAUCGUAACUCUCUUCCUUGCACUCAACAUUCUUCUCCUCGCCAGAACCCAAGUCGUCCAAAGCCGUUCUACAACCUCUCCACGCAUCCCAGCACCUCCAUCUAUAAUGGCACCACCAAGAAUACCUCUACCACCUCCGCCACCAUGUCCGCCACCACCACCUCCUCCACCACCACCAUGUCCGCCACCACCUCAACCACAACCAUUUCCUCCACCGCCACUGCCUCUUCCAUCCCUUUCACCAAAUCCUCCCCCAUCACAGCAUCCACCUCGUAGCACUUGCCCAAAGACUGUCCCACAAAUACGAAUAUGUGGCAGUAUCGUAAAUAAACUCCCAAGAAUCCGUAGUGUGCAGCCAUGUUGUUCUAUCGUCCGUGAUCGAUCUGACACUGACGCACUUGAUUGCCUGUGUGAGUUGGUGGAUGCACCACGUCUAAGUCUCCCACCUAAUAUCAUCAUCCUUUCAGGCGCUUGUGGUCGUCGUAUUCCCCCAGGUUACACAUGCCCAUGA